CUCCAACGUUGAAUUCAGUUGUUUCGCAUUCUUCCUCAUCGAUAGCUGUCAAAACGGUUGGCUGGCAAUCAACUAUAUAGAUAUACGUACAGUGAUUCACAGACAAUCAAUUCAUUGUGUUAGGUGGGGAAAAGAAUAAAGGUCGUGACAGUGAGGAAUUCCUUUUUAUUUAAAUUAUUUUACGAACAUCAGGUGAACAAAUUCUAGAUGCAAGAUUAUUAUUUGACGCCAGCAAGAUCGGCAGCUUUUCAAAUGAAAAAGCUGAAAGGAAUGAUCAACCAACACGGGCUAGCAGCAAUGCUGAUGCUGUUGCUGCUAUCGAUCGACUCGGUGACUACCCGAAAUCUCCCUACCGACGACUGGCAACGGCCAGCCGGGACAAACGGUCUCGUACCCUAUGACACUCUGCUGCCUUGCGUCGAAUCAGCCGCUUGUGUCGGCCGGGUAUUUGGUUCGCAUUCGGAAGACGUUUCGAAAUUCGGUAAUGUCCCGCCAUGCAGAUCUUACGGCUGGGUUCGAUGCAUUCAACAUGCUGGCCCUGCCAUUGCCGAUUCUACUCACGGCCAGCUCGCUCCUCCAGCUAAAAACUAUUAUCCCCAAGAAAAGAAAAUGCCAAUCAUCGAGCCGUACGGUCCGUAUUCGCAGAUUAUGUCGCGUCAAGACUACGUCAAAUAUACGACGUCCAAUCGACCGGCAGCACAAGAAGAACAUUCGGUUGAACCAGGUCGAUAUGCAGCGGCCAAUAAUCAGCGAAUCGAAUGGCAAAACUCGGGUCUUCAGCGAAACGAAGCGGGGAGAAAAUGGGAGCGCAAUCAGUUUGUUGAUAAUACCGAAAGUUUAGAGAUACCUGCAGAGAAACGGGCGAGAUUCAACAUGGGCGUCUUUCAAUUUCAUCAAACUUCUCCGCCGCCUCCUGUUAAUAAGCAGACAGUUGAAUAUGUCAGGGGUAAUCAACCAAGCCAAUGGAAUGAAUCUCCGGGGCUUGGUCGGCCAAGUGAGCGACCUGUCGAAUUCCACCAUGGCCACCAGCGAUUUGAACAAUCAUCUCAGCAGCUUAUGAAACCGCCCAAGUUUGCCCAUCAGCAGAAGGAUGAAGAGCACGGCAUGCGCGCCGGCCAAAAUCAAUUGACUCACACAGUUGGCCAUGAAUUUCUUGAUAAUAGCUUGGUGGAGCCUCAGCGAUCGAGCCAACACAACGAACCCGAGCAGCUUGCACGUCAAUUUGCUGACGAGCGUGAGCAGAGAAGAAUGGAAACACGGCCGUUCGAACAUCAUCCGCAGAGCGGCCAACGAGAAAUAGUCGAUGCGAUUCAACGGUUUGUUAAAGUAGUUCCAAAGCCUGUUGAAGAGCAGCCCUUGCAGACUGGCCAGUUGCGUGAAGAAUCUAAUCGGCUUUUCCACGUGACCCAUCGAGCUGAACCGAUUCAGCCAGGUGAACGGCUAAUAGAUUCUCGACAGUUUGUGGAGCCACCUGUCCAACGAAAAUUUAAUGAACCACCACAAGGGUUUGAUCAGGUUAAUCAACGGCUUACUGAACCUGUACAGCAAAAACAAUUUGUCAGCCGGCCUGAUGUGGAACAGCAGGGCUUGUCUCAAGCCACUCAACGGCCGCUUGAAUUUCAAUCACCGGCUAAGCCUAUUGUCCAGCAGCCAAUGUCUUUCGAGAACGUACAACAACGUCCAUCUCUAAAGCCUCUGCAUGAAGUGAAAGAAACGGUCGUGUGGGUCACGGGUCCUCCACGUCUUCCGCAAACAACUGCACGACCAUCACCAGUGGAGAGACUGGAACAGCCGUCUGUCAAGUCGAGUUCAUUGAUCGAUUCACCAGAGUUCAUCGAGCCGGCCAAAUCAUCUCUGGAGAGCCUCUUGAUUCGAUUGAAUUCGGCCAAGGACACGCAGCAGGCCGACGAGCAAUUAACGGCUUUGUUAAGAUUUUUUGCUAUGCCAGCCAAUCAACCAGCGAGUCCAGAAGAAAUGUUAACCGACUCUUCAGAUUCAGCGCCACCUUUCACCGGCAAACACGAAUCAAAUGUCGUUCCCUUCAUCGCCUUUUCCGAACCGCUGCCUUUGGAACCCUCUUCCAAUUCGUUGUUUUAAUUUGGAUUGAAAACCUCGUUUGUUUCAUCGUUAAUCAACAAAGAGUUUUGAUCAAAAACAGACAGAAAUCAUUGCAAGAAUUCCUCGUUAGUCGACAUUUAAAACUUUAAAUUUGAUGUUUAGUAUGUGGACGAUUGGAUGUCGUAAUCAUUAGAGAUCAUUUUAUAAUUGGAGUGUUGCCAUGGUUGACGCAAGUCUUUGCGCUGUUGUCAGAGCUGAUUAU